UCGUGCUCUUAUUUUGAAAUGUCGCUGAAUCGUAGCUUGAGGACGCCAUUUUGAAUUUUCCUUCAAGCGUGUGGCGGUGUUGAUGUUCAUGUGUGUUUAGUACUUCAGUUAUCCAAAGAUGGAUGAGGAGAUAACAGACGGUUACAGUGAAGCCUGUGGACAGUGUGGAGCAGUGUGUUGGGGAGUUUCAGACGGAGGACAAUUCUUCUGUAAAAGCUGCCAUAAUGUAAUUGAGAGAACAAGAAUUGUUGAGGAUGUGAACGCAUUCAAAAGCAGGAUUUCUUCUUUAUCGUCGGGCAAAAGGAAGCGGAAUGAAACAGAAGGUGCAAGAGACUGGAUGGUAUGCGAAGGCUUUCAGAUCGUCCUUAAACUUCAAGCUGAAGCUUUAGUUGAACUGGGUGUCUGCUCUCAGUUUAAGACAGAUGUGUUGUGGGUUUUCUGGAAGCGAUACAUACAGAAGACUGGACAAGCGUACACAAAGAAACCUGUGAGCAGGGCCAGAAGUUCAGCGGACGACAGUGAGGGCGAGUCAUCUACUGUUUUCAGUGACACAUCAUGUCCCUCUGAGCUUGCCUCAGUGAAAGGAGCCAGCACAGCCUCUGGAUUCUCGAGUGAUGGAAGAAGUUGCAUGCGUUCAGGCUCUGUGGAUGCUGGUUGCUACUUCAGAUCGAAAGAAAGCAAGUACAGGAUGAGCAUGCCCCGGACACUAGCAUUCUGCUACCUGGCGCUGCUUUGGGUUCGGGAGGCCAUCACCCUGUCGGACUUGCUCCGCUUGGUGUCUAAGGGCCACAUUCCUUAUGUUAAUGUCCAUGAACAUUUUCCGGAAGAGAUGGCAUUCUUUGGCAAAGAUGCCCCGAUAUUUAGAGUUGAGUCUUUCCCCACUUACAGAAAGGUGCACAAGGAGGCAGAGGAACUGGCAGCACUGUUGCAGCUGCCCAUUUUUCCUCCUGUGACUCAGGACUGCCUCCUGCACCCAACUCUGAUCACUGUACGCUAUCUAAUGGAUGCUAAUCUGCCUGACAAAGUUCAUGCCUUGGUUUGUAAAGUAAUACAGCAAACAGCUAUGGGGAAAGAAUCUUUUCUGACCUUUGACCCUGCUCAAAAAAAGCCAAGACUUCCAUUCUAUGAUGUUCAGGCUGCAGCAAUCAUUGUUGUGACCAUGAAACUUUUGUACAGGCUGAACGAUAAGGUGGAGUGGAGGUUAUCCAAGAAAGCAGAAAGAAAAGGGAAAAAAAUGGACCAUGGCAAAAAAAAGACCAAGAAAGGUGGAGAGAUGUUUAGCUUAAGAAAAUGGUAUAUGAUUGUACAGCCUGCUUUGGAACGGGCCAGGGAGAAAGAAAAGCAGGCUAAGACCAUGCAACAGUGGAAAUCGAAGAAGCCCAUCAUCCGACAUUUGCCAAUUAAAUCGGUCUUACAAAAACGGAGACGUGUGGCUGAGCAGUUGCAGAGCAGUUUUCGUGCUCUUUCUGGCUCUUCUCCAGAGCAGCAGGUUUCCUCCCCAUCUUCCUUCCUUUUUCUCUGGGGAACAGAGGACGGAGCUGAUGGACCAAGUCUGCGCCGCAGGUGCCUGGACUGUGUAAUGAUGAAAAGGAAAAAAAUCUGGCACCUUGUCAAUGAUAAAUAUUGGCACACUGACUUGAGGAAGUGCAGUUCGAGUUUAUGUGGAGAGCAUUUCUGGGACCUGGAGCCAACAUUUCCCAGGAUGUAUAUGUGGUUGCUGGGACUCUUUUCUUUCAUUCUGGGUGUUAAAGAAGAGCAGCUGCACAGUGCAGUCGUCCAGGUGGAGCGACGCUUAAUGAAUAAGCCGCACCCCAAAUGUAAAACGACGAAUGAAAAUGGACAUUGCAGUUGAAGGAUUUUGCUAUUGGAUUUAGUUUGUGAACAAUCACUGAAGGAACAGGUAUAAUGCAACCUUUGUAAGGUUUACAGUUUGUAUACUGUACAAUUUCAUAACGCCAUUUGUUUUUUCAUUUAAUAAAUGAAUGUGUGGUUGAAA